GGUCGAUCCGUUGGGAAGCACAACGCACAAUAUACCUCCUACACAUGUAGCCCCAUUUGCCAGUUGUUACCCUACUGGCGCAUUGUUCCAUUGACUUUAAAACUGGUUGCGAUUUGGGUGUGCUCCACCAGAAGGGGCUGAAUGGGCGAUGGCUUCGUUCCGGUUUCAAUUGUUGCAGCUCCUAGUGGUUCUCAGCCAAGGUUGGGCCAACCUCAACGUGCAGAACAACUAUAGAAACAUGAUGGUCCGACUGGCCACUAACAAGGCAGCGCUCGCCGGUAUUCAAGUCCUCCGCGAGGGACGCGUGGAGGUGAGCUUUGACUUUGGCGCCUCAUGGGGUACGAUCUGCAGCACUUCGUGGAGCAUGCGGGAGGCAAAUGUGGUGUGCCGACAGCUAGGAUUGGGCUACGCUUCCAAGGCAAGCCAGGGAACGGAGCACGGGGAUAGCCGGAAGUAUCCCUGGGGCAUGGUGGGCACUCUGUGCAGGGGAACCGAGCGUCGCCUAGCCGACUGCAUCCGGGAGUCCCACUACCCGAACCUCUGCAAUGCCAGAAACCAUAAUGUCAGCAUUGCGGCCUGUGUUAGCCAUUCGGCUGACCUGGAGAUCGGACUGGUGGACAUCGAGAGAACCGCCCGCCUGGAGGCCGUGCCCAUGUCGCGGCUCACAUGCGCCAUGGAAGAGCACUGUGUUUCCGCCGACGCUUACGAGAUCCGAAGGACGAAUCCGCACGCUGCGAGGAUACUGCUUCGCUUUUCCGUUAAGGCUUCCAAUGUGGGCACCGCCGAUGUAAGCCCAUACGCUAACUACAAGGAAUGGGUAUGGCACCAGUGCCACAGACACUACCACAGCAUGAAUGUUUUUGCCACCUUUGAUGUUUACGACCUCAACUACCGGAAGGUGGCCCAGGGGCACAAGGCCUCCUUUUGCCUGAUGGACAGUGAAUGCCGGCCAGGAGUACGGCAAAAGUACACCUGUGGCAACACCACCCAAGGCAUUUCCGUGGGCUGCGCAGACACCUACACCGAUGUGUUGGACUGCCAGUGGGUGGAUGUUACCCGAGUUCCCAUCAACCGACGCUACAUCCUGCGAGUGGCCCUCAAUCCCGAGUACAAGCUGGGAGAGAUAUCCUUCGAGAACAACGGAGCUGAGUGCCUUCUUGACUACACUGGCGUACGGCAGACGACAAGGAUUUUCAACUGUCGGCGAAAGCCGCUUUGGUUUAAGAUUUGAUUUUGUGUACAGUUUAGAAAGUAAAAUAGCGGUAUGAGCCAUCUCUGGUGACCUCUUAGAUACUAAGAAUUUCCCGCCUGCCAAUGCUAGAUGGCUGGAUCAUUUGAAAUGAAUACUUUAGGGCUUAGAAUCGUAAUUAAUCUGUGUACUUCAAUAAAGCUAGUAUACUUUUGGGGAGUAGCGGUUUCUUCACUGCCAAACAAU